GGGGAGUGGGAGAUCAAGGGGGGACCUCCGGAGGAGACCCAGUGUCAGGAGCCUCCCCGAAGGCUCUUUUUGGGGGGCGGGGGCGCGGUGUCGGGGCUCUGGGGAGCGUCUCCCAGGCCUGCGGCCCGGACGGUGGGCGCAGAGAAGCUGGUUCGGAGCGGGGACGAGCGGGAACCCGAGUGCCAGGUCCUGUGACUCGCCGGGCAUCGCACUUGGAAGCCCCGGGAGCAGGUUUCGGCCUCCGCGCGAGGCAGGUCGGUGGGACCCACGUCGUGCCAGCUUGUGUUUUCUGUCGAAAAAAUGAAGACUGUCCUAAUAAGUAUGGAGAAAAGAAAAUUAAUGAGAAAUGGAAUCUUGCUGUACAUUACUAUUGUUUGUUGAUGUCAAGUGGAAUUUGGCAAAGAGGUAAAGAAGAAGAAGGACUUUAUGGUUUUCUAUUGGAAGACAUUCGGAAAGAAGUAAAUAGAGCUUCUAAACUGAAAUGCAGUGUUUGCAGGAAAAAUGGUGCUUCAAUAGGAUGUGUUGCACCCCGAUGUAAACGAAGUUAUCAUUUUCCUUGUGGACUCGAGAGAGAAUGUAUUUUUCAAUUCACUGACAAUUUUGCGUCAUUCUGUUGGCACCAUCGACCUGUUCAGAUGAUUACACCUACUGGCUAUAGAGACUCCUUACCAUGUACCAUUUGCUUGGAAUUUAUUGAGCCUAUUCCAACUUACAGUGUGUUACGCAGUCCUUGUUGUAAGAAUGCUUGGUUUCAUAGAGACUGUUUACAGGUUCAAGCAAUAAAUGCAGGAAUGUUUUUCUUUAGGUGUACAAUAUGCAAUAACACUGAUGUAUUUCAGAAAGAGAUGUUGAGAAUGGGAAUUCAUAUUCCUGAAAAAGAUGCUUCUUGGGAAUUAGAGGAAAAUGCUUAUCAAGAGCUUCUGCAGCACUAUGAGAGAUGUGAUGUCCGAAGAUGUCGUUGCAAAGAAGGGCGAGACUAUAGUAUGCCUGAUAGCAAAUGGGAAAUAAAGCGCUGUCAGUGUUGUGGUUCUAGUGGAACCCAUUUAGCAUGUUCCUCACUACGAUCAUGGGAACAGAACUGGGAGUGUUUGGACUGUAGAGCUAUUAUCUACAAUUCAGGGGAGUUUCGAAAAGCUAAAAAACAUUCUUUAGUCGGUUCUAAUAAUGUGUCAAUCACUGAUUGUCUGUUGGAAGAAUCAGCACCUAAAUUACCCAGACAGUCACCUGGAUCAAAGCGUAAAGAUCGGAGGCAAAGCAGCAAAUUUAGAAGAGAUGUUUCAGCUUUAUUAUUAGAAUUAGGAUUCCAAAUUAAGAAGAAAACUAGAACAUUAUUUAUCAACAAAGACAAUAUCUGGAAUAGUGCAUUAGAAGGAUUCAGAAAUCGAACUUUUAAUCCUGCAAGUGCGAUUGAAAUAGCAUAUGUUAAUGAAGAAGAUAAUUUUGUAAGAGAACAUCCUGGAUCAAAGCAAGAAUUCCUAAGCCUCUUAAUGCAGCAUCUUGAGAACUCACCAUUAUUUGAAGGGUCCCUGGCAAAGAAUCUGUCUCUAAAUUCUAAAGCUCUGAAAGAGAAUCUUUACUAUGAAGCUGGCAGAAUGCUUGCCAUUUCUUUAGUUCACGGUGGUCCUUCACCUGGUUUUUUUUCUAAUACUUUGUUUAACUGCCUUGCUUAUGGACCAGAAAAUACUCAACCAAUUUUAGAUGAUGUUUCAGACUAUGAUGUGGCACAGAUCAUAAUCAGGAUAAAUACUGCAACAGAUCUGGCUGACUUAAACUCAAUCAUGAAUGAUUGCUAUAACUACUUUGAGAUCAUUGGCUGUCUAAGACUUAUAACAUCAUUGAGUGAUAAAUACAUGUUGGUAAAAGAUAUACUUGUUUAUCAUGUAAUUAGGAGAGUCCAAGAACCUUUUGAAAGUUUUAAGCAGGGUCUAAAAACUCUUGGAGUUUUGGAGAAAAUUCAGACCUACCCAGAAGCCUUUCGGAGCAUCUUCUGUCAUAAGCCCGAGAAUCUUUCUGCCAAAACCAUUAGUGAACUUUUUACAGUACAUGCACUAUCUGAUGUACAAGCUUUGGGGUUUUGGAACAAGUACUUAGAAGCUGUUGAGGAUGGGAAAUCUACAACAACAGUGGAAGACAUUCUCGUUUUUGCAACUGGUUGCAAUUCCAUUCCACCUGCUGGCUUUAAACCCACUCCUUCUAUUGAGUGCCUACAUAUGGAUUUUCCUGUGGGAAAAAAGUGUAAUAAUUGUUUAGUUCUGCCAAUUACUAAUACAUAUAAAGAAUUUCAAGAAAACAUGGACUUUGCCAUAAGAAACACUGUAAGACUGGAAAAAAAAGAAAAUUCUCACUACAUUGACCCUUAAACUAUAUGAACAAAGGAAAGCUUCCUUCAAAGCUGCUAUUGAUACUUUUUGUUUCAGAACUCUAUCUUCAAUUUUGAACAAAUUUGUCAGUUUCUGGGCUUAAUAAAAUUUUAUAUGAACAUACAGGAAUGUUUGGCCACUUAAACUAAGAAUUUUUUUGUCAUGGUGUACUGAUCAAAGUUGCUGAAACUUUCUACUUUCUUGAUAUACAUGCUUCAUAAAUUCUUUAUGACUGUACAGACUUAAUUCAAGUAUUGUAGAAUGGCAUGUGUGUAUGUGUGUGUGUGUGUGUGUGUGUGUGUGUGUGUGAAGAAGUAUUCUUGUAUUGAAUUUUGUUGUAAAUUGGGGGUAAAUGUAGCAUUCACAGUUCCUAAUUUUAUGUACUCUUCAAAUUAUUUUAUUUCAAGCAUUAAAUAGAAAAGCUACUUGAAAAAUCCUAUAUAUAAAUCAAAGGGGAAUAUAUUGGGGGUGUGUAUUAUAUAUCCUUUUCCAGGAUAGCACUAAAUUGCUUUUUAAAAUUUUAGAUUUAUAUUAAAUAGGACCACAUGGCAAUAAGAUUAUGUCUAAUGGGAGUAUUAUAUAAAAAGCAGUAUUGCACAAAUAUUCUAUAAUACAUUGAUAUUCCAAUAGACUUUAAACACUUCAGAGUUAGAUAUAGUGUUGUUGAAAAUACAUUUUAAACCUGAAACAUUAAUUUUAGGAUUUGAUAGUUCUGUUUUGUUAUUCCAUGUGUGUUAUGCAAUCACAGAAUAUCUGAUCAAUACUAAUUUAGGUAUCCAAUUUCUGGAUAUACCAUAUGUAGUGUGUUUGACCACGUGACAUGUAUUAUCAAGAUGGUUUUAUGGUAAUUAUUGACAUUACUGUAAUAUAUAGUUAUAGCUAUCUUUUGAAAGAUAUCACCUAUGAGUAAUACAGAAAUGUUUUAAAAGUACAAAUAUAAUGGAAAACCCAGUGUAAUGUAUCUUUCUAUAAACUCUUAUUUUUAUCUCUUGGUGCUACUAAGAGCAAAUACCUAAAAGUAGCAAAAAUGUGCAUGAUAGCAGUUUGAAAAUAUAUAGUCUCAUAGUCUGAGCCCAAUAUAUAUACUUUUUCAGAAGAAGAAAUUUGAAAACUAUUCCUAAUCAAGUAAAAUUGUGAUUCAUACUAAAGUUAAAUUAUGUGAUAUGUCAUGAAAGGCAAGUUAUUUGGUUUUAAUUGUAUAUUUCUUGGUACAAAGAGCAAAUUCUAGCUAUUAUCAUAUUCUAAAAAAAUAUGUUACUUUUUUUUAAUUGAUUUUAAUACUGUUAACCUUAUAAUACCAAAGGUAAACUAAAACAACCCUAUACAAUUUUAUUUAUUUAGUUUUCAUUUUAACUUGAAGUUUUAAGAAUAUUAGAAAGACAUUUAUUUAAUUCUGUUAAAAGGAAGUAAGGGAAUUAAUAUCAGUGUUUGAUACUUAUUAAUAAAAUUCCUAAUUGCCAUAUAGUAAAUAAAGCUUUUGUUUCAUUUGUUAAUGAAUUGACUGUUUUAAUUGUUUGUUUUGGGGCCACACCUGGCUGUGCUCAGGACUUGCUUUGGCAGGCCUGGGACCAUAUGGGUUUACCAGGAAUCCAACCCAGGCCAGCCAUAUGCCUUACUCAUUAUACUAGCUAUGCAGCCCCACAAUUUUAAUUCUUAAUCUGCUUAGUUAUAUUGGAAAUUUUAGUCUUUUAAUCAAUACAAACCAAAAAAGCUAAUUAAGGUGUUUUCUUUUUAUUUGUAGUUUUAUUUAUCCUAAAGUGAUAAUUAAUGGUGCUGCACGCAUACUCGCGCGUGUGCGCGCAUGCGCGCACACACACACAGACACACACACACACUUUGGGAGGCUAAUGUGCUUGGAUUGGAUAAAUUAAAAGCCGUUUUAAAUGCUCAUUUCACUUACAUGUUAGUCAGGUCCAUAGGAAUAAGACGGUAUAGAUAAUAAUUUAGCAUUUAAAGUAAAGCAUAAAUUACCAUACCACAAAAUGUUGUAUGGCUUUAAGGAUAUUCCAUUAGUGUGAUUUUUUAGUUACAAUUCAUGCAUAUUAGAUGAAUGUGUAGGUUAUUUGUUUUUCUGCAGUGUUAUUACUAUGUCUAAUGGUUGGUGUUAUGGUUUUCUUUUUGUUAUAACCAGUACACAGUUCUUAAUGACAUUAAAUUUCAAAGAAAAUUAUACUAUAAACCUUUAUAAAUGUAUGUAUUUCUCAAAUAUUUUGUAUAUAUGCCAUGUAGCUUGUUUGCUGUUGCUUUCAAUGUCAAGGAAAACUAUAAAUUUACAUAUAAUACAUCUCCUGUUAGUGUUUCUUUCGUUAGUUUUAUAUUCAUUUAUUUAAGUGAGACAAAAUACUUUUAUUAAAGAAAUUUACUUAGAGAAGUGUGAUGGGGAGAAGGAGAGAGAUGUGUUCAAGAGAGAACACAGGAGAAUUCAAUGCUUUUAAGCCAUUUAAAUUCUUGUGGGAACUUGAUUCUAAAGGCCUUUCAUACAACUUUCUACUAUUUUGUUGCUUUACUCUUUUAGCAGUUAAGAUAAAGAUUAUUUUAUCAAUGGCUAGCUUUAUUUUAUAUAUUGUGCUUAUGGAUAAGCCAUUAUUUGUUUUGGUCAAGUAAAAAGAUUUCAUCAGAUAAUUGUUUUUGGCUUCUUUAAGCCAAACUUUUUAAAGCGUUUUUUCCUGUUAUGUAAGCCAUUGAAUCUUUCGUACACAUGUUUAAUAAAGGAGAGUAUGGCAGGUGAAUUUUC